UAUUCAUUUGCGUUUAAAAUAGCAAUAUACCGACAGUGCAUCUAUUGAAUCUUUAUUAAAAGUAAAUAAACCAAAUAUAGGUAUUUUUCAGUUUAAAAGAGGAGUAGUCAGAACGGGAGGAUAAUCAAUAUGGACACCUUUGGCACCAUUGCUGGAUUCGCUGUUCUUGGUGUGGGUUUAUGUCUGUGUGCAAUAGCCAUUAUCUGGCUAUGCCUCAAGCUACGACAACAUGAACGUGACAUCAUUGAACUUCUCGGCAAAGUCCCUGGUCAGAGCAAUAACAAACGAUAUGAAGGUUCAUACGACGACAGUGCCAUAGAUGUGAACGAGGUAGAUGCCAGAGUCCGUCCCCUGAGUCGGACCAGCGGGGUGUCAUUCCAAGACCAAGCGAAUAAACGCCUGUCGCUAACCAUACACAGAGAGAGGGUGAACGUGUAUGGCAAACAGCCACAGAUGGGCCUCCUGCUGAUGACCGCACAAAGCUACUACAAGGCACAGACAAAAACAAGUGUAGAUGUCCCCGUUGAGGCAAUUGAGGUCACGAACAAGGCAACAAAUAGAAAAACAGUGAUGAGCCAACUGUUAACGGAUGACUGGAGGGAAGGUAUCCCCACGUCUUUGUUGAUCAACGGCAGUUCGGCAAGCUUUGAAGAUAUUUUUUCUCACAACAAAGGCAUCUUUAUUCACAGGACGGUCGGAAAAAACGGAAUGACGCUUGAGAUCUCAGGUAUCAAAUUGGAAAUUCCUGAAGGCGCGCUAGAGGAAGACACCCUCGUAACACUAGGCAUGGUUUGGGACGAGAAGAUUGUUCCUAAGUUAACAAAAAAGCAAACAAUUCUAAGUCCGUUAGUUCUCUGUCAGCCUUCUGGUCUCCAAUUUAAGAAACCAGUCAAAUUAACAUUUCCACAUGCUGCCCGUAAAGUGAAAACAGACUGGCUACCGAAAAUUCUUAAGCGCGACGGAAACCUAAACGAGAGCAGCGAGUGGGAGCCGGUAACUUUAAGUGAUUAUGAAGAAAGACAGAUCGGGGGACACAGCAUAUGUCUUCAGCUUUACCAUUUCACACUUUAUACAAUGGUCGGAGAAUCACAGCCCGGGAAAAUUGCGGCAAAGCUGGUACAUUUUGUCGCUUUUACAAACCAGCUACAGAAAGGCAUGUACUUCAAGCCAAGAAUAUAUUGCCUGAACUCAUAUAAGGAUGAAAUAGGGGAGGUUAAGGAGUUGGACCAACACUUGGACCAUACAUCCAAGGUGUCGGACACGAGCGAGCUCAUCAUGCAUGACAACGAGCGGGACAUCCUUGUGGAGGUCAUAAAGUUGUGCGAGACUUGGACACUGGCCGGCGACCGCACGGAGAUGCUUCCAUUUGAGAACGUGUGGCACGGUUUCCAUCCGCACUGCACGUUCGUGAUGAAGCCCAAGAAGUCAACGGUGGUGGAAAUCAUCUGUGAGCUCCACGCCCAUCAGGCCGGGGACGACAACAGAUACGCUAAACUGAAACUUGCCGAGAGUUUACCGUCACCUAGUUCCCCGCUGACACCGACGGAAGAAGAUCCACUGGAGGACCUGACGCGUGAGCUAAUCAUUCUACUGGACCCGGCUAACAGCCUCCAUUCGGACGCAGGGGACUGGCGCGCACUCGCCGAGAAGAUGGACUGCAGCAUGUCGCGCCUCCGUUGGUUGGGCGCCCAGUCCAGUCCCACCCGCCUCCUCAUGGAAAAAUGGACAGAGGGCAAGAAACCACUCUUGGAGUUGAUGCAGAUUUUGUUGGACAUAAAUAGGCCUGAUGCGGCUGAGGAAGUGAAAAAACGACUUCCGAUAUUAGAUUCACACUCGUCCGAUACUUGACAAACGGUGCUCUUGAUCUAGUCUAGAAAAUCUCAGUUUAUGUGGUCUCAUAUAUUUAACAAGUGUGAAGUAAAAAAAAGUAGAAAAUAGGGUGUUCCAUUAUUUAAGUGCUAUUUUUACGAUACAUUAUAUAUGAAAAAUAUUUUCUCAAAUACUGGAUACAGUAUAUAACUGUUGGCAAAAAUCAUUUAAAAAAAACUAAUUUAAACCAAAGCAACUUUCCCCGAGAGUUUGCGCGGUUUGGCGUCUUCGAACUAAAGUGUACCACUUCACAGGGUUUCGUUUGUCACCGUGCCGGCCUUGCGAUUGUUUAUUAAAUCUAAGAUUUAAUUGGUAGGCUUAUUUUAAAACUAAUACAAACUGUUAGUGUAGAGAUGCUUUGCGGGUGUGAGACCGCCUCUUCAGUAGUCAGAUCCUGGUGCUACAUCAAAGUAUAUCUACCUAUCAGCUUCUGGAUGUGGGAUUUCGAUCGUUCGACGAGCAAUACAUGUUGCACUUGAUUUGAAAUGCAUUCGACGGAUUUUGACGGUCAUCCAAUGCUUCUCACUUGAAAUCUCGGGUGCAUUUGCAAUUAGCAAUCAUACGAGGCACAGACAUCAUAGUAUCGUUUCCAGAGUCCGUUGCAUGCAGGUAUUCUUGGCAACCCUUUUGUACUUAAACUCUUUAAAAAUACCUAUAUAUCAGCUUCACGCCUAUGAAUUUUGAAGAAUUAAUAUUAGAUCGAUUUGUAUUAUGAUACCGAAAGAAUUUUAAAAUGCAUUAAGGGUCUUCCACAGUGCUAAAGCGGGUGGGGAAAGUAAAAAAUGAAAACGUUUCAAAAUGUUUUAUUUAGUUUUAAGGAACAAUCCCUUUUGGGGGUAAGACCAUUUAUCCUUUGUGACAUGUUAUGGGAUGAUAAGGAGUUGACCAAAUCUACGAAAUAAGAUUUAAGCAGAUUUUGAUCCAUAAAGCAUUUUCAUUUUCUCGAAAGUCUGUAAAAGUAUAACAAUGUUUGUCAAAAUGACCCAAACUACCUAGUCAACAAUGUCUUAUGACUUCAUGGUGAUAUCUUUACAAAUAAGAAAGGUUUUCAAUACAAUAAUGAAAUUUUCCUGGUAAUGAAAAUCUCUUUCUUAAAAGAGCUGCAAAUACACAAAGUCUCAAACAGUGUCGAUAGGGUAGUUCUGACUAUUUUGAAACAAAAACAAAUUCAUUUUUCAAAAAAAAAAAAACAUUUCCGGAAAAAUGCAAAUGCAUUUUAAUAAGAAAUAUGAUAAAAUCUCCCUUGAAAUUUGCUCAUGUAUUUACAGUUACACAUAUUGCACCGGAUAUAUGAAGUAGCGGCUUGCUAAAUUAACCAUCAGAACUAAAAAAUAAAAAGCAAUCUUUAAACUUGUUUAUGUUUUUGGUCCUUCAAACUACUUUUGCACUGUGGAAGGCCCUUGAUUGUGAUUUGCGCAUACACUGCAUCUUCAAAUGCUUUGUAAACUCUAUAAUGUGAAAAUACACAAUCAACCAA